AACCUUAACUCUCCCAACAAAGGUCUGCUGUCGGAUGCCAUGACAGAUGUGCCGGUGGAGAGCGCCGCUUCGGCCAGGACCUCUGCGCCCGAAGGGCUGACUCUUGCUGAAGAGGAGGAGUUGAGAUCCGAGCUUGCCAAGGUUGAGGAAGAAAUUGGGACUCUCAGGCAAGUUCUGGCUGCUAAAGAGAGGCACUGUGGAGAGCUGAAGAGGAAGCUCGGUUUGACUCCCUUGGAUGGGUUAAAGCAAAACCUGUCUAAAAGCUGGCAUGAUGUCCAAGUCUCCAAUGCUUAUGUGAAAACAUCUGAGAAACUUGGAGAGUGGAAUGACAAAGUGACACAGUCUGACUUUUAUAAGAAGACCCAGGAAACCCUUUCCCAGGCAGGACAGAAGACUUCAGCAGCCCUUUCCAAUGUAGUCAGGAAACUUGGUGACAUGAGGGCUCACCCCUUCUCGCAUUCCUUUAGCAGUUACUCCAUUCGCCACUCGAUAAGUAUGCCGGCCAUGAGGAAUUCUGCGACCUUCAAGUCGUUUGAAGAUAGAGUUGGGACCAUAAAGUCCAGAGUGGUGGGCAGCAGGGAAAACAGCACUGACGGCCUCCACUCCCCCUCGGGAGCUGGGGAGAAGCCUCCACAGGACAAUGCUCCUUUCUAGACCCGCGGUGGGGCUUUGCACGGCCGUGCACAACUGUAAGAGCGAGCCCCCUCCCUCCCAAACCUUCACAACGGCAACAACAUGCGAAUCCAAGAAGGGGCUGAGAGCCAGUCUGGAGAGAUCCAUCCUUCAUUCAUAGACACUGCUGCUGGAUCUAAGUCAAAUAAAGAGAAUGCAAAGUUUUGUACACAAAUAAUAUUUUACACUAAAGUUUGUAGAUUAAAUGUAUCACUGCUGUCCUUUUGGGAGGGCGUGUAAGAUGGAGUUUCCUUAAAGUAGCUCAGAAAUGCCACUGGCGUAGGUAAAAACA